AUGUCUCCCUCUACUACCUUUGCUGACCGUGUCCACCCCGACACCAUCUGCCUCUUCGAUGUCGACGGCCCCCUCACCCCCGCUCGUUUGUAUAUCUCCAAGGAGAUGGAGGUGACACUUGCCGAGCUUCGCAAGAAAUGUGUCAUCGGCUUUGUUGGAGGAUCUGACUUGACCAAGCAGGUUGAGCAAUUGGGACCCAACGUCCUCAAGAACUUUGACUACUGCUUCUCCGAGAACGGUUUGACUGCUUACAAGAUGGGCGAGCACCUUACCUCCCAGGGCUUCAUCGGAUACUUGGGCGAGGAUCGCUACAAGAAACUCGUUAACUUUGUCCUCCGUUACAUUGCCGAUAUGGAUAUCCCUGUCAAGCGUGGAACGUUCGUCGAGUUCCGCAAUGGAAUGAUCAACAUCUCGCCCAUCGGACGUAACUGCAGCCACCCUGAGCGUAACGAGUUCGAGAAGUUCGACUUGGAGCACAAGUUGCGUGAGAAGUUUGUCUCUGCUCUCCAGAACGAGUUCCCCGACUAUGGACUGACCUAUUCGAUCGGUGGUCAAAUCUCGUUCGAUGUCUUCCCUACUGGAUGGGACAAGACCUACUGCCUCCGUCACAUUGAGCACGAGAACUUCAAGACGAUUCACUUUUUCGGCGACAAGACCUUUAAGGGUGGCAACGACUAUGAGAUCUUCAGUCACCCUCUCGUUACUGGACAUACUGUCAAGAGUCCACUUGACACUGAGAGGAUCUUGAAGGAGCUUUUCUCCUUUUGA